AUGUCGGACCAUGAGUUUGGAGGAAGCAACGACGACUUGUCACUGCCCAAAGCCACCGUUCAGAAGAUUGUCAGCGAAAUAUUGCCGCCGCAGACGGGUGUCUCUUUCGCAAAAGAGGCCCGUGACCUACUUAUAGAAUGCUGCGUCGAAUUCAUCACUCUCAUCUCUUCCGAGGCUAAUGAGAUAUCGGAGAAGGAGGCUAAGAAGACGAUUGCGUGUGAUCACAUUACAAAGGCACUAGAACGUCUUGGCUUUUCGGAUUACGUGCCUGCUGUUCUAGAAGCCGCAGCAGAACACAAAGAAGUUCAAAAGGGGCGAGAGAAGAAGGCAGACAAAUUUGCCAAUAGUGGCAUGUCUAUGGAAGAGCUCGCUCGGUUGCAGGAAGAGCAGUUUGCCGCAGCCAGGCAGCGUCACAUAUGA